CUGCUGUACCUGUGCAGCGGUGAUGACGUCAGGCCACGUGGUGUUGUUUGGAGCAGGAAACGUCGGUUACGUCCUGAACGGCGACACAGUUUCCCCACUCGGUGAUGAGUAUCUACCCCCCGGUAUGACUGUGGGAAGGUUGCCUCCUCUCCUCCUGUCCACAGGAACUUUGAAUAUCAGCAUGUAGAGGCGGAAUAACCAAAUCCCACUCGGAUACAGCUGCUCUUAGCCGUGGACGCAGCUAGCCACCAUCUCUCUCUAGCGGUGGAGGAAUAAAAAAAAAAAGAAAAAAAAAAGCCGAGCUAACCGCGGCUAGGCUAACUCCGGUGUUAACCUCCGAGCCGAGGAAGAACCGCACCGGGUCCCGGAGACGCGCUUAGACGUAGCGGGGUUUGCGUGAGAGGAGGGAAGAACAUGGAGCUGUUUCAGGCUAAAGACGAUUACAUUCUUCAGAGCGGGGACCAGGCGCUGUGGUGCAGCAGGAAGGACGGGAGCAUGGCUGUCAGACCUGCCACAGACCUGCUGCUGGCCUGGAACCCGGUCUGCAUGGGCCUGGUGGAGGGAGUCAUCGGAAAGAUCCAGCUGCACACUGACCUUCCUCUCGGUCUCGUAUUAAUCCGCCAGAAAGCGCUGGUGGGUCAGUUACCUGGCGACCACAAGGUUUACAAGAUCACCAAAAUCGCUGUCAUCCCCCUUUCUGACGAGGAGCCUCAGGAGCUGGAGCUGGAGCUUUGCAAGAAGCAUCAUUUUGGAAUCGACAAAUCGGAGAAACCGGCCCAGUCUCCAGAUGAAUCAAAGCUGAUGAAAACUCUGAGUCAGAUCAAGUCCAACGUGUCUGUUCCCAUCAAGAAGAAGUACUCCCCUGCGUUCCAGGUGAAGGAAAACAAAGAGAAGGAGCGCCUGGAGCGGCGGCUGCUGGACGAGCUCUACAAAAUAUUCAUGGACUCAGACUCGUUCUACUACAGCAUGACCUACGACCUGACCAACAGUGUGCAGCGGCAGGGAGACUCGGAUAAGUCCAGCUUACCUCUGUGGAAGCAGGUGGACGACCGUUUCUUCUGGAACAAACACAUGAUCCAGGACCUUAUCAAUCUGCAGGUCCCAGAGGUUGACUUGUGGGUUAUUCCGAUCAUACAAGGCUUCGUCCAGGUGGAGGAGCUGGUGGUGAACUACAACGAGACGUCAGAUGAGGAGCACAGCAGCCCAGAGACGCCGCCCAAGGAGAUUAUCUGUGUCGAUGACAUUCACCCUCGCUUCACCGUGGCGCUGAUCUCCAGACGAAGUCGGCACCGCGCAGGGAUGCGGUACAAACGCAGAGGUGUGGACACAGACGGCCAUGUGGCGAACUACGUGGAGACGGAGCAGCUGAUCCACGUCCACAGCCACACGCUGUCCUUCGUCCAGACGCGGGGGUCGGUGCCCGUCUUCUGGAGCCAGGCCGGGUAUCGCUACAACCCCCGGCCACGCAUCGAGAAAGGGGAGAAUGAGACGAUGCCUUACUUUGCUGCUCACUUUGAGAAGCAGCUGGAGCUUUACACGAAGCAGGUGAUAAUUAACUUGGUGGAUCAGAACGGCCGGGAGAAGAUAAUCGGGGACGCGUAUCUGAAGCAGGUCCUGCUGUACAACAACCCAAACCUCACUUACGUUUCCUUCGACUUCCACGAGCACUGUCGUGGAAUGAAGUUCGAAAACGUGCAGAUACUGACAGAUGCCAUUUUUGACAUCAUCACUGACAUGAAGUGGGCAUGGGUGGACCAAGCUGGCGUCAUCUGCAAGCAGGACGGGAUCUUCCGGGUCAACUGUAUGGACUGUCUGGACCGGACCAACGUGGUCCAAGCUGCCAUCGCUCGAGUUGUGAUGGAGCAGCAGCUGAAGAAGCUGGGUGUGAUGCCUCCGGAGCAGCCGCUGCCUCUGAAAUGCUACCGGAUUUAUCAGGUCAUGUGGGCCAACAACGGCGACACCAUCAGCAAGCAGUACGCAGGAACAGCCGCCCUCAAGGGAGACUUCACGAGGACGGGGGAGAGGAAGCUGGCCGGCGUGAUGAAGGACGGCGUGAACUCUGCCAACCGCUACUAUCUCAACCGCUUCAGAGACGCUUACAGACAAGCAGUCAUUGAUCUGAUGAUGGGUUUGCCCGUGACGGAGGACCUGUACUCCAUCUUCAGCAAGGAGAAGGAGCACGAGGAGAAGGAGAAGGAGAGCCAAAGAGGAGCGCAGGAGCAGGUGGGGCUGCUGCUGCAGACCUACAUGCAGCUGCUGCUGCUGGACGACGAGACGUUUCACGGAGGCUGGGCGCUCAUCAACUGCGACAUGAGCCUCAUUGAUGCGACCAACAAAGAUGUGGAUGUUCUGCUGCUGCUGUCGGAUAAAGCCUACUACAUCGCUUACUACGACGACGAGGCGGAUAAAGUCAACCAGUACCAGCGUCUCGACUUGGAGGGCUUGGAAAAGAUUGAAAUUGGUCCGGAGCCCACUCUGUUCGGGAAGCCGAAGUUCUGCUGCAUGCGUUUGCACUAUAGGAGUCAGGAAACCAGUGGCUACUUCCACACUCUGAGGGCGGCGACGCGCAACCCGGACGACGACGGGAAAGAUACGCUGCAGUGCAUCGCUGAGAUGCUCCGCAUAACAAAGCAGGCCUCCGGGCUGGACCUGCUCGUCGUCGAGAAGAAGCUGGAGAGGCGGCAGAGUAAACCUCAUGAGGACAUCAUGGGGAUCCAGAACAAGCCUGCGGGUCAGGCUGCGGGCGGUUCUGGACUCGCUCAGGGGAAAAGUUUCCUCCUCAACAAGUUCUCCUCCCUCAACCAGAAGGUGAAGCAGACCAAGACCAACGUCAACAUCGGCCCCUUCAAGCCGCUCGGAAAGCUGGGGAACUUCUCCAAGCCCGACGUGACGGUGAACUUCCUCAAGCCCACCAUGCAUGUCAACCUGUGGAAGUCGGACAGCAGCCUGGAGACGUCGGACGGAAACCCUGGCGCCGCCGCGCUCGGCGUCCGGGGCGACGAGCGCUACGAAAACGACUCGGACUCCGACUCGUACAACUCUGACCCCGAGCACCCAUGCUCCGGCUCCUUCGACAAGGCGGACUACGUCCUGCCCAGCUGCGGCAUCGUGGCGUCGAACCCGCGACUGGGCAGCCGCUCGCAGUCCAUCGGCAGCGGCGAACUCAACGCUCCGUCUGUGAUACACGUCACCGGCUGCCAAGAUGGAGUCUCUGACAUCAACGACAAGUCGCCCGGCGCCGCGUCGCUGGCGGAAGAAGCACUGCUGAUCGACUUUGGGACGCCCAUCGACGCCUACUGCCAGCAGUUCGUUCAGGACGCCCAGACCAAACCGGUGGAGGUGUUCGGUGAGCUGCCGGCGGCUGGGGUCGCGCCGCCGCCGCUGCAGAAGAAGAAAACCCCCGCAGACUCUGAGCAGUCCAACCUGCAGACCCAGAACCAGGACGCCCAGCUGCCCCGGCCGUCCCAGCUGGACGUCCAGACCUCUACCUCCGGUUCCAACCUGCUGUCUGUCCAGCGGCCCAGCUCGGCGGCGUCGGGCGGCUCCCAGCGGAGCCUCAGCUCCCUGAUGGAGGGCAGCCUCGGACCGUCGCCCGCCGACAGCAACGGCAGCCGCGUCGUGUCGCCGUUCGCCAAGAUCCGCAGCUCCAUGGUGCAGGUGGCCAACCUGACACAGGCGGGGCUCACGCAGGGCCUCAACUACGCUGUGGCGAAGGUCCAGAAAAGCCCCGACCCGGACACUGUGAGCGAGGCCCAGGAGAGCGAUCUGAAGGCAAUGUUCACACAGUGCCAGACCAGGAUCAUCCAGAUCUAGAGCCGUUUCUCCCCUCCUGUAGCAGGAUUUUCUGGUCAUCUUGAAACCUCCCGUGUGGUAGCAGCAGCAGAAGCUUGCACAGAGUCAUUAUUAGGCCAAUCAAUGUGCUCUUAGAUUCGCCCUUAAAGCUGCAGUAUGCAACUUUUACAAAAAUGUUUAAAACACAAAGUCUCACCAAGUAUUUUGGUCUAGUUU